AUGCGUCUGCAUCCUUUUCGUUUAGCCCGCUUAACGUUUAUCUGCCUAAUAAUACUCGUUUGCGUAGUUAUUGUCUAUCAUAAUCACCAUGGGUACAUUCCAUUGAAACUCACGUUUGAAAACCUACCAACUCAAUUACUACAAAUGAACGGACAGCAUAAGCAUGCUUCUCGAAUAGACUGGGAGAAUUAUACCUUCUCUGCGCUUGAAAGGUUAAGGCGAGGACCAGGAGAAAAUGGGAUGCCUGUUAGAUUAUCGACUCUGGAAAAAGCUAGGGCCGAUCAAACUCGAAAUAUGAAUGGCUUCAAUAUAUAUGUUAGUGCAAAAAUUAAGACAGACAGAUCGAUUAAAGACAUUCGACAUCCAAAUUGUAAAGGAGCUUUGUAUUCUAGUGUCCUCCCUAUUGCUUCGGUUAUUAUUCCUGUUUUUGAAGAGCACUGGGAGACUCUUAUGCGUACAAUUUUAUCUGUUUUGAAUCGAGCACCCCCACAACUUUUAAAGGAAAUUAUUCUGGUCGAUGACGGUAGCUCACGGGAAUAUUUAAAAGAUAAUCUUGACAAUUUUCUUUCAUCUACCUAUCCUAGUGGUAAGGUUCGUGUAGUUCACUUGAAGAAGCGAGAAGGUCUCAUUCGAGCUAAGUUAGCAGGUGCAAGAGAAGCCACCGGUGACGUGUUAAUCUUCCUUGAUUCCCACUGUGAAGCCGGUGUCAAUUGGCUCCCACCCUUGUUGGAUCCAAUAGCUGAAAAUUACAGAACUGUUGUUUGCCCAUUCAUUGAUGUGAUAGAUGCAGAUAAUUUCGAGUAUCGGGCACAAGAUGAAGGUGCCCGUGGAGCGUUUGAUUGGGAGUUAUACUACAAACGGCUUCCACGACUACCGGAAGACAGAAAUCAUCCUGAAAAGCCUUUUGACAGCCCCGUAAUGGCAGGAGGUUUGUUCGCCAUUAGCGCUAAAUGGUUUUGGGAGCUUGGAGGAUAUGACCCCGGUCUCGUUAUAUGGGGUGGAGAGCAGUAUGAAUUGUCAUUCAAGAUUUGGAUGUGUGGAGGUCGUAUGAUUGAUGCUCCAUGUUCCAGGAUUGGUCAUAUCUAUCGUAAAUACCCGACAAACUUCCCGCAGUCAGGAUUGGGAAACUUCGUCGGCCGCAAUUACAAGCGUGUUGCAGAGGUUUGGAUGGAUGAAUACAAAGAGUAUAUAUAUAAAAGACGUCCGAAUUAUCGACAGCUGGAUGCUGGUGAUCUAUCAGAACAAUAUAAACUCCGAGAGAAACUUAAAUGUAAAUCAUUUAAAUGGUUUAUGACAGAGAUAGCAUUGAUCUGGUCAAAAAGUACCCGCUUAUUGAACCAAUACCUAUGGCUGUUGGAGAGAUAA